AUGACAACGAUGAAGGCGAGGGCGGUGCCGGCUGAGGCUCUGGUUCUGUUAAAGGACCUCCCUCUGGAAGGCAUGGCCCACGACAUCGGCCUCAGGUCUUUGCAACCCUGGCCGUUCAGGUCCCCCAGCCCCUGCCCUCCAGAGCACGGCGGCUUCGAGCAUCGCCUCCAGGAUCGGGACUUCAUGGAGCCUCUCAGGGCCGACUUCGAGGCCAGCGAGCGGGGAGCCGGGAGGGAGGAGCCGCCGAGCGCUCGGCGAGGAGCAGAGAGCGGCGCGGAGUCGGGCGGCUGCGAGCGCGGAGCGGGGAGAGGCGCUGCCGCACGCGGCCAAGGACCAUCCCCGGGGAACCGGCCUCUGUAUGGCAUGUGGCUGGUAACUUUCCUCCUGCUCCUGGACUCUUGGCACAAAGCCCGCCCGGAAGAUGCUGGCACCAGCCUCUACUUUGUGAAUGACUCCUUGCAGCAGGUGACCUUCUCCAGCUCCGUGGGGGUCGUGGUGCCCUGCCCGGCUGCGGGCUCCCCCAGCGCAGCCCUUCGAUGGUACCUGGCCACGGGGGACGACAUCUAUGACGUGCCCCACAUCCGGCACGUGCACGCCAACGGGACGCUGCAGCUCUACCCCUUCUCCCCCUCCGCCUUCAACAGCUUCAUCCACGACAAUGACUACUUCUGUACCGCGGAGAACGCCGCCGGCAAGAUCCGCAGCCCCAACAUCCGCGUCAAAGCAGUGUUCAGGGAACCCUACACCGUCCGGGUGGAGGAUCAGCGGUCCAUGCGUGGAAGCAUGGCCGUCUUCAAGUGCCUCAUCCCCUCCUCAGUGCAGGAGUACGUCAGCGUUGUGUCCUGGGAGAAGGACACGGUCUCCAUCGUCCCAG